UCAUGGGAAAUGAUGUAAUGUGUCCUAAUAUAUCUUUCUUUCCCUUUAAAUUUAUUCUAGUAUUGUUUGCAGUACACACUUUAUUGUUUAUUGUGACAGGUAGUAAUCACUUCUUACCUGUUUGUAUGACACAAUCGGCAUUCAUAAAAAUACUUUCAUUACAUAGACAAUGCACCGUGCAUGACAUCAGAGGACGAUAUAUAAAUAACGUGAUUUGAAUCAAAUAGAAUUAAAUUAUAAAUGAGGAACUUUACGCUCUCCGGCUAUGGAUUUAAACGUUAUUAUUUUAACGUCUGUAAUUUGCGGAGUUCGAAGCACUUUGCGGUUCUCCAAUUCCUACAGCGACCAUAUGGUUUUACAACGAGCACCGGAACGCGCUAUAUUGUGGGGAUAUGCUGACGUCAUAGAUGACUGGGUCACUGUCUGGAUGGAUGGCGUAUUAGUUUCGGAAACGACAGUUACUGAUAACAACGAUACAACUGAUGCUGGCCCAUCUGGAAUAUGGAGGGUGAAACUUCCGGCGGAAAGUGAUCCAGGUCCGCACGAAAUUUUCGUGAAUUCCAGUGAAGGAGUGAUCUCCCUGCUUGACGUUUUGUUCGGAGAUGUUUGGCUGUGUUCUGGCCAAAAUAAUAUGCAGUUUUCAAUGAGUCAGGUUUACAACAGCGGACACGAAAUCAACGAUUCUUUACAAUACAAGAGUAUACGGAUGUUGUCGACAAAACGUGUUAGAUCAUCGAUCCCUAAAGAAGACGUCGCGAGUAUUCAUCCAUGGAUGUUUCCUACCAAAGGUAUUAUAGACAAGUUCUCGGCAAUUUGUUUCAUGUUUGCACGUGACCUUCAGAAGCACAUCGACUAUCCAAUCGGACUGAUUAGCACAACGUGGGGAGGUACUCCGAUAGAAGUAUGGAGCUCUCCCUCAGCUAUAAGUAAAUGUCCAGGAAAAAUUAAACAUCCGUAUGUAAUAAUUUGA